UGACAUUUGAGUUUAGUGCGAAAAUUUUGUUUGUUUUCUCGGGGCCCGAUUUUUGUGCCAUUAGAGGUGUGUUGAGGCGCCCAAUUGGCGAUUUUAGUGGCACACGAGAGAGUUGAGUGUUCUCCGCGAUGAGUGGGCCAUCGAAUUUGGCACAGAUUGCUGGAAAGCAUGCAGCCAUCUAUGAGGCAUACUACAAGCAGGCCAAUCCCAAGAACAGCCCCAUGCUCGGGGCCAUGGAUGCGGCCAAGUUCCUCAAGAAGUCCGCGCUCAGUGACGUCGUUCUGAGUCGAAUAUGGGACCUGUCGGACCCGCAGGGCCGCGGCUACCUGGACAAGCAGGGCUUCUACACGGCCUUGAAGCUGGUGUCGAUGGCGCAGCAGGGCACGGAGCUGAGCCUCACGGAGAUCUACCUGAGCGUGCCGAAUCCGCCGAAGGUGGGCGACAUUCCCAAGAUCAAGCCGCAGGUGCCGCCACCCGCCGCCGUGAUGCUGCACGAUGACUCCACCGAGUGGGCGAUGAGCGCCCUGGACGAGGCGAAGUAUCAGAAGACAUUCAACUCCCUGCGCCCGGAAAACGGCCUGCUGCCCGGCAACAAGGUCAAGGGCGUGCUGAUGGAGUCGCGAUUACCUGUGGAGACACUGGGCCAGAUCUGGGAUCUAGCCGACCAGGACAAGGACGGCAGCCUGGACAUCUACGAGUUCAGCGUGGCCAUGCACCUUGUUUACCACGCUCUCCAGAAGCGUCAGAUUCCGGCCGCACUGCCGACCGCUCUAAAGAAGAGCAUCGCGAAGGCGCCCGUCGCGGAGGAGCCUGAACUCUUCGCUGAUUUUCCCACGGAUUUGGCUCCGCCGCCCGUCGCUCCGCCACCAGCGAUUCCAUCUCUGCCCGCGUCUCUCAUCGCGGAUGUUCCGCGCGCUCCGACGGCGGCGCUGUCGAACCUCAGCCUGCUGUCGGAGGAGCUGCCGAAGCCAGCAGUGGAUUGGGUGGUGAGCGCCGAGGAGAAGCGGCAGUUCGAUGCGAUCUUCAAGCGCAGCGAUAUGGACAAUGACGACCUGGUGUCUGGACUGGAGAUCAAGGAUAUCUUCCUGCAGUCAGGCGUCUCGCAGAAUUGCCUGGCGCACAUCUGGGCGCUGUGCGAUAGCAUGCAGACGGGAAAGCUGACUUCGGAGCAGUUCGCGUUGGCACUCUGGCUGGUGGAGCGCAAGAAGCGCGGAAUCGAUCCGCCAACGGUACUGGCGCCCAACAUGGUGCCGCCGAGUCUCCGUGGCGACCAGCCGGUGGUGGACGCACCGGCGCUCGUGGCGUCAAAGACGCCGGAACCGACAUACUCAAACCCGGAACUGAAGAUGAUGGCCGAAGAGAUCGAGAAGAUUGUGACGGAGCGUCGAGUGCUGGAGCGUGAGAUGUCACAGAGGGCGGCGGACAUUGUGAUCAAGACGGGCGAGAUUAGGAGUCUGCAGAAGGAGAUGGACACUCUCACGGCGACGCUGAAGCAGCUGGAGCACCAGAAAGUGGAGGCACAGAAGCGUCUGAAUGAUCUUCAGGAGCAAGUAAAGAAGAUCAACGAGCAGUGCGCGAAGCAGGAAGAGACUAUUAAGGAGCAGGAGGCUGAAGUGGAUGCGAGACGGUCACAAUUGCAGAGUCUGAAAGACCAGGAGAUGAAUUUGUCCAAGGAAUAUGACGACAGUACCAAAGAAUUAGAAGGUCUCACGCUUCAGCUGCAAGACACUCAACUGCAGAUAAGUCAGAUGAAGGCCAUGAUAACGCAGCUGCAGGAGAGCCAGCGCCAGAUGCGCGAUGCGCUCGAGUCAUGCAAUUCAGCCAUAGAAACUGGCGAUCCGGACGUCGUCACGGAUUACUAUCUCAAGCUCAGCCCGGACUUUCGCGAGGUGCGAGAAUCGCUGGAGGCGGAGAGCAAGCCGAAGAAGGAGUCGCCGCCAGUUUCCGCGUCGAAUACGUCGCAGGACAGCAAAUACUACGAAGAUCCUUUCAAGCCCAAAGUGGACUCUUGGGGGAAUCCUUCGGGAUUCGAUGACAGCUUCGACACGCCAUUCAACGGGCAGUCACGUAAUGACCUCGAUGACUACAAUACUGAUCCCUUCAGCAAGCAGCCAGUCAAAGGCAUCAGUGACUACCAUGCUGAUGCCUUCGGUGGGCAGCCACGCCUGGAUAACAGUGACAUUCAUGCCGAUGCCUUCGGCGAACCGAUAACCGCGGCUCCGAAGGACAAGUUCGACGAGGAUCCGUUUGCCAUUCUGCAUGCGCCGACGGGUGGCGGCUCGAAUCUACACACGAACAUCGCGCCCAGCUCUCAAUUGUCAUAUAGAUCGACUUCGCCCAUUCCGGCGCUGCCGCCAAAGAAGUCCAAGCAGCCGCCGCCACGGCCGGCGCCACCGAAAUCCAUGCAAAGCAAAGUGAAGCAGUUCGACGAUUCCAAUGACUUUGCGAACUUUGCUGACUUCAACAAGUGAACAUCAACAUGAGAACUUCACUGAAUUCACAGAGCGUUCUUCUAACAAAAAAAGAGAGAUAGGAUUAAAAAAAGAGACACAUUAAAAAUCACACACAUUGACGAUAAAUUAAUAGUCGUGUAAAGAGAGAAACAUGAAGUAUAGCAGCAAUUGACAACCAUUCAUCAGGCGUUUUAUGAGGGCAAAAAAAGAGACAGAGCUGAACUAACAAACUAACGCUAAAUAGACGUUUUGUAUUUGAGCGGAGACAAAUUUUCUGAUGGAGAGAAAAUGACAAGAAAACAAUGAACAAUGAGUUAAAUCGAAAAACUUGAAAGUAUAAAAAAAACACUAAUAUCAUCGUGCGCAUCACAAAAGUAACAGAAAAAGUAUAUAUCUAUAGGUAGAUAAUAAAAAUGCUUCUUCUAAUCUAUUGAUGAGUAUAUUGGAAAGGAGGAAAUAUUAAUAAUUCUUAUUAACACUAUCUUGUUGGUUUUUGUGUGUUUAUCAUGCUGAAAAAAAGAAGGUAAUAAAUAAACGUAUUAUAUUUAUGGUUCUGGAACACAAAAAAUAUGAUACAUAAAAUAGAUUAUAAUGAAAAGUAUUAGUAAAAAUCGCAUAAAGGUGACAUUGAAGAAAAAAGCAACUAAAUCUUUUCCUAACCUCUUCGCACUUGUACUAAUCCUAUUUGCCUGCUUUUCCUGUUGACGUCGUAAUUAUCCUUUUUCAGAGAGUCAGUUUUCAAGAUGUUCUAAUGCCCUUUAUUUGUG